GCCCUGCCACAGCCGGACACCAUGACUGGCGGGUUCGUUGGCCCGCCCCGAUUCGGAACCGGCCUGUGGAGGCAAAAAUAAUCAUAAUGGCGACGAUGGCGUCUGGUUCCCCAGCGCGAGCAGAGAAGAUCUAAUGGGCAACUGGUGACCUAAUCCUCCUUUCAGGAUGUCUGAAGAUGAGGAGAAAGUGACCCUGCGUCGCCUCGAGCCAGCCAUCCAGAAAUUCAUCAAGGUGGCAGUCCCCACCGACCUGGAGAGGCUGCGAAAGCAUCAGAUGAACAUUGAGAAGUAUCAGCGUUGCCGACUUUGGGACCAGCUUCACGAAGAACACAUCAACGCAGGCCGAACCGUUCAGCAGCUGCGAUCUAACAUCCGAGAAAUGGAGAAGCUUUGUCUCCGAGUCCGGAAGGAAGACAUCCGAGUUCUGAAGAGAAUGAUCGAUCCCGUGAAAGAAGUAGCCUCCGCUGCCAUAGUGGAGUUUCUCCGACUCCAUUCCGAAUCGGCGGAAGAACUGGAGAGGCAGCUCCAUGCAGACGGCUCUUCGGUCCACGGCCCCAUGACCAGGUCCUUGACUGUGGGAGGACCCCUCCCUACGCCCGAAGCGGAGGAGUACCCCUACAGUUUAAUUCAGUUGGAGGCGCCUCUCCCCGAAAUCCCUCAAGAUCAAAACGCCGCCGAGUCCUGGAGCGCUUUGGAGGAGGAUUUGAUCGCGCUCAACCAGCUGGUGAUGGAUUUCUCGUUGCUUGUCAGUGCUCAGCAGGAGAAGAUUGACAGAAUUGAAGACCAUGUCAACACUGCCGCUGUGAACGUGCGAGAGGGGAAGAGAAGCUUGAGCAAGGCUGCGCGAUACAAGCUGGCAGCCCUGCCCGUGGCAGGUGCGGUCCUCGGCGGCAUGGUGGGAGGCCCCAUCGGGCUCCUCGCAGGCUUCAAAGUGGCAGGAAUCGCAGCUGCUCUCGGCGGCGGGCUGUUGGGCUUUACGGGCGGAAAACUGAUUCAAAGGAAGAAGCAGAAAAUGAUGGAGGAGCGCUCCUCCAGCUGCCCCGACCUCCCCAGCCAGAGGGACAAGAAGUCGAGCUGAAGCAGGCGGGGACGGAGCCCGGGCCGCCCCGGAACGGGGGCUCCGGUGUGUGGACGGGAGCGGGAGGAGCCGUCGGGGUACUGUUCCGGGCCCGUUCCCGUUGGGACUCUGGCUGGGGGAGGUGACUUGAUCCAGGGCCUGGCCCAGGAAAAAAAGAGAGAGAGAGUGUGUGUAUAUGGUGCAAUGUUGGGGGUGCUCAUUCCUCCUCCUAAGAGGAUGUCUGACCUGGGGCCGAGCGCAUCCUCUCCUCCUCCGGUCCUUUUCCUUCCCCAGCUGAACGGUGAGCUGCGUGCAGAGGGAUCACAGUGUUCCCGGGUUUGUCUCGGCCCAUUUGCUUCCCUCUCCCUCAUUCCUCCCCAGCCCAGGGUCGCCAUUCCGUCACCACUGGCCCCUCACUAAGCCCGAGAGCUCUUCCUGCUCCCCGAGGGGCCCGCCCCGCCCCACCACAAUCCAACUGCCCCAGAGCCAAGUGUCUCUUUCUCCUCCCACCCCUUUCCUGCCUUUCUUCUGACCCGCAGCCCCUCACGCGGCUCCGGAGGCGGGGAAAGGAGAAAGGCAGGCAACCUGCAGGUGCCAAAGGAGCUUGGGGUUCAUCGGUCCAGCUGGUGGGAAAAGGCUGCCCUUGAGACCAACUGACGUAGCCUCGGCUCACCGUAACUUUCCUGUAGGGCAAAGUCCCAGGGAGGCUCUCGCUCUCCCGCCGGGAGGAGACGGCAAGGGGCCUACCCGUCCGUCCAGGCUUCAGGGAAGGGCCGUCCUUCAGCUGGCCACUGGUCCAGGGCCUGAUGGAAGAAAACAAAAUCCGUCCAGGGCAGGCGGGGGAGGAUUUUCAGUUUAGUGGGUCCUCUGGGUCCCCCCCUCACUGCCAGUUUGGGACCUGAAUUCUCUCUGCCCCGUCUGUGGUCGUGGACCUGCUUUUCAGGGCUCCAGGAGGAGGAGGAGGGAUGUCCUUGGGAGAGCAGGUAAGCGCUUUAAGACCCAAGAGCAAGGUAACAGGGGACUCUCCAUCUAUGGAUUAUUGGGUUCAAGGCCAGCGGUCCGGUGGGGCUUCAGCUGUGGGACAAUGAUGCCUGGCUGUGAUUUCUCCCCCCGGCCAACUCCCCACCACCUCUAUUCAAUAAAAGUACAGAGUCCAAAUCCA